CCCUAACCUUGUACUACCGUUUGCUCUAGAUAUUCAGUGAUAUUUUUGUCGCAUGGUCGUCCGAGUUACUCAUCCCAAUAUCUGUCGGUAUAUAAUACUGAUAUUAUCAAAAUCUAGCCUAUUUUUGAAGUUGGGUUAGCGCUGGAAUCUUCGGGCACUAUCUAAUGAUAAAACUACUUACUGGCAGAUAGAAACUGUUUGAUUAUCUCUCGCGAAAAGUAACUGAUGGCCCUCAAGACAAUUAAGCACGAGUACAGCUUUUAAAGUACAGUCAUUGUCAACCAAUUUCUUGAAAUACAUUUUGAGUAUAAUAGUUGACGGAUACAAAACGAAAUAAUGCAAAUAUAAGACUUUAAAAACCACUUGUUCAAUCUGGAAGUCAAUUGGUAAACGUGCAUUUCACGUAUUUUCCCACCCGAACAACAACAUAUUCCUUUUUUUAACUAGAAUAAUAACCUGGGAUGUUUGAGACAUGUCGCGAACUUAUGACUUAUUGCGACUAGCAUUAUACCACGUGUCGUUUUUAAUGUUCCUCUAAACUAUAUGCCUGUUAUUUUGCUUUAGAAGUAAUGCAAGCACUAAUAAUAUGCAACGCAGAAUCUCCUGAGCUGGAGCAAUUAACUGUACAAGGUUCUGCUUCUUUACUCCCUUUGGGAAACGAGACUGUCCUCAGCAGAUUGAUGAGUAUUUUUAUUCUGAGUGAAAUAUCUGACGUAACAAUAGUCCACAACAAAGCACAGACAAUACGUCUAACGAAUUAUUUAAAUGAAAAUCGUCAACUUUGGCCUGGUUAUAUGAAAGUUAACUUUCGCGAACUUCCUAACUUCUACUCUUUAUCCGAAACGCUACAAAGAAUCCGCUCUUCAAUAACAUCCAACUAUCUUUUUAUAACUUAUUCCAAUACCGUUAUCAGUGAAAUCGAUUUACGGGACAUAUUUCUCACAAUGAUCAGGAAAAAGGCUUCAGUGGUGACCGUAUUUUCAACUCUCCCUACGACAGAAAGCAAACUUCUCAAGUCUAUUCCCAGCGAAUUAACCGUAACUACAAAUGAUGGCAGUACCCUAAUUAGCUAUGUGCCCGCAUGUGAUAUAAAAAAGCAGUCUAAACUUCCUAAAACUCUUAGCUCUCAACAGACUAUUUUAUGUCGUUCAGAUCUUAGAGAUUGCGGAUUGUAUUUGGUUUCCAGGACAGCUUUGGAUCACAUUGCUAAGCUAGGGGAAGAUAUAACUCACCGUAAAAAGUCUAUUUGGCAAUAUGUUUGGUCCGAACCUCCGGAGGCAAAUCAAGAAACUAACGGAGAGCCUGAUGAAAAAUUCGUGAUUAACAACAUAAAGAAUUACCUUGAAUGCUAUCAAACAGGUGGAACUUGCAUUCAUGAACAUCAUGACAAAAUCAUUUCAGUCAAAUUUGAGGAUCCGUUGAUAUAUGCUGAAACAAAUCGCUUGAUUAUCCAGAAAUCCUGCAUUCACACUGGAUCGCAACAGUCAGGAAAGGAAUUUAAUGUUAUCCAAGAAAAUUGUACAGUGCACAAAAAAGCAUUUAUGCGCUCAAGUUUUGUGGGUUCUUCAUGCAAAAUCGGUGCUGAUGUACGAAUCUUAAACUCUGUUCUUCUUUCAAAUGUAGAGAUUAGGGACAAUUGUACUAUUCAAGGAUGUGUUAUUGGUGAAAAAGCGGUUAUUGAAGAACUAUGUAAUUUGAAAAGUUGUACUGUCGCAGCAUUACAACGAGUACCAACCGGAACAAAUCUCGAAUCCAAGCAAUUAGGAUUUACAGAUCCAGAACUAAAUGCAACAUAA